AGAGCUCAGCAGAAACAGGGGGACAUCGCUCGACCCAGGGCCAGUACCGCUCUGAAUUUUGAACUGUAGUGCGCAGUAGAACGCUCCGUAUGAUACAGAUAGGACAUUUUGUGACCUCUGGGAGCACUGAGCAAAUGCCGCGGGGACACGCCGGCGGGGUGCACUGCACAGGCAGCUUCCCCUGGGGCCGCUUCCUCUUUCCAGUUUGAACCCGCCCUACUGCGGAGUCCGCGGCGGUGCGGGGGCGACACCGGCGCGCUGGCGACCGCUGAGCCUUACGGCUUCGGCAGCGGGCCCGGCGUGGACUACAAGUACCAUGAGCUCCCAUGCCAAGGGGGUGGGGAUUCCGUGAACGCCCGCGUGGAGCCGCACUACAGGUCCCACGAUGCCUCACGCCGCCUGGUGUCUCCGCUCCGGUCCCGAUUUAAAUCCAGGCAGUGAGGAAAAUGGCGGUGCGGAGCUGAGUGUGCGGGAGAAGAUGUAGCUGAGCUUUGGCACAUUUCCCAGGAUGUGACUUAAAAUGACUUCUGAUUCUGAAGGUCCUCUGAAAAAUAUGCACUGCUUGAAUGUUUGCUAAGGACUAGUAAGUAACUAGUAAGUAAGGACUAGUAAGUGAUCUCACAUUUGGACUAUAUAUACCUGAACACUUUUAAAGCUACAGUUUAGUAUAUGAAAAACAUGUACUUAAAAAAAGAAAAGGAGGAGAGGAAAGAAAGAAGAAAAAAACCCAACUUACACCAAAACCCCUACUGCACCACUGCCAGAAAGUGAAAUUGCUGCUUACAAUCUUGUGGAUCACUGUCUAUGACAAAACCUUACUUCCCAUGUGCUGUUUGGUGAAGAGGUCUUCCAUCUAUCAGCUACUGAGGACAGGGGCACGACUGACAGGAAGCAAUCUAAGGGAUAUGAAGUUAGUAGCUUUCCAAAUUCUGUGGGGCUCUUAAACCUUCAGCUCUGUCUAUACUCAGCCUGUAAAUGUAGUUCCAGGGAGGAACUGUAAUUCCUGGAGUAACUGGAAGUGUGCACAUGUGUCACCAACAGCAUGACUGAAGAUGCAGCCUCAGCGGUGAGUUGCUGAUGCUUGGUCAAGAUGAGUGGAUUAGGAGAAAACUCCUUAGAUAGUUUGACUAAUGAGUCAAGGAAGCGCAAGCCAUUGCCUUCCGAUACACCAGGUGCAAGUGGUGAGAAGCGUCGACGUGAGCAGGAGAGCAAAUAUAUUGAAGAACUGGCUGAGCUGAUAUCUGCUAAUCUGAGUGACAUUGACAAUUUCAAUGUCAAACCAGACAAAUGUGCUAUUUUAAAAGAAACCGUGAGACAGAUUCGACAAAUAAAAGAGCAAGGAAAAGCAGUUUCUAAUGAUGAUGAUGUUCAGAAAGCUGAUGUAUCAUCCACGGGUCAAGGAGUUAUUGACAAGGAUUCACUGGGACCUCUUUUAUUACAGGCACUGGAUGGCUUCCUCUUUGUUGUAAAUCGAGAUGGGAACGUAGUAUUUGUAUCAGAAAAUGUUGCACAUUAUCUGCAGUAUAAGCAAGAAGAUUUGGUUAAUACAAGUGUCUAUGGUAUCCUGCAUGAAGAGGACCGGAAGGACUUUCUUAAAAACUUACCUAAAUCUUCAGUGAAUGGAGUUGCUUGGACUAAUGAAACACCUAGACAGAAGAGCCAUACAUUCAAUUGCCGGAUGAUGGUGAAAAGCUCUCAUGAUUUCUUGGAAGAUGGAGGUGGCUGCCAGGAUAUACGUCAAAGAUAUGAAACUAUGCAAUGCUUCGCUUUGUCGCAGCCAAGAGCAAUGAUGGAAGAGGGGGAAGAUUUGCAGUCCUGCAUGAUUUGUGUGGCACGUCGUAUCACAACUGCAGAAAGGGUAUUUCCAGCGAAUCCAGAGAGCUUUAUUACAAGACAUGAUCUUUCAGGCAAACUUGUCAACAUUGAUACAAACUCACUACGAUCUUCCAUGAGACCUGGCUUUGAAGAUAUAAUUCGUCGGUGUAUUCAGAGAUUUUUAUGCCACAAUGAUGGGCAGUCAUGGUCAAAUAAACGCCACUAUCACGAAGCUUAUACACAAGGUCAUGCUGAAACCCCAUUGUAUCGGUUUUCUUUAGCGGAUGGUACAAUAGUGACCGCACAAACAAAGAGUAAACUGUUUCGAAAUCCUGUGAAUAAUGACCGCCAUGGAUUUGUCUCUACCCACUUCCUUCAAAGAGAACAAAAUGGAUAUCAGCCAAAUCCUAAUUCUCUUGGGCAAAACAUCAGAACACCUGUAACUGGAAGCACAAAUUCUAUUAAUGGUCUUACAAACAUGUCGCCUGGUCAAGCCAUACCAACGCAGAACAGGAACUAUGGGAUGGGAGAUCCCAAUGCAGUGGGUCAGCUCACCAGCACUCGAUAUGGAGGCCCUGGGAAUAUGGGGCCAGUGAACUCCGGACCCGGAAUGCAGUCCUCUGCUUAUCAGAGUAACAGUUUUGGGUUAAAUAUAAGUAGCCCACCACAUGGUAGUCCUGGCUUAACUUCCAACCAACAGACUCUGAUGGUAUCUCCUAGGAAUCGAGGGAGUCCAAAAAUGAGUUCACACCAGUAUUCUCCAGUUACAGGUAUGCACUCACCAAUGGGAUCUGCCAGCAACACUAGCAACAGCACUUUCUCUAGCAGUUCGCUUAGUGCUCUGCAAGCCAUUAGUGAGGGUGUUGGAAAUUCCCUUUUGUCAACACUUUCUUCACCGGGUCCAAAAUUGGAUAAUUGCUCAAACAUUAGCAUAACUCAGCAAAGUAAAACAAGUACCCAGGACUCCAAAAGCCCUUCUGGUUUGUAUUGUGAACAAAACCAAAUGGAAAGUUCCAUCUGUCAGUCAAACAGCAGGGAUCUCCUUAGUGAAAAAGAUAGUAAAGAGGGAAAUCUGGAGGCAUCUGAAAGUCAGAGAGGACCAUCUGAGAGCAAAGGGCAUAAAAAACUCCUUCAGCUACUCACAUGCUCCUCAGAUGAAAGAGGACAUUCUAGAGCAUCAAACUCACCUUUAGACUCAAAUUGUAAAGAAUCUUCUAAUAGCGUUACAAGUCCUUCAGGAGUUUCCUCAUCAACAUCUGGUGGGGUAUCUUCCUCCUCAAACAUGCAUGGGUCGCUCCUGCAAGAGAAGCACAGAAUUUUACAUAAAUUGUUGCAGAAUGGUAAUUCUCCAGCAGAGGUGGCCAAGAUCACAGCUGAAGCUACUGGUAAAGACACAUAUCAUGAUGCUAAUAACACAGCCUCCUGUGGAGAAGGCGCUGUCAAACAAGAUCAACUGAGCCCAAAGAAGAAAGAAAACAAUGCUUUACUAAGAUAUCUACUAGAUAAAGAUGAUAUUAAGGAGCCACUUUCCAAAGAGUUGAAGCCUAAAGUAGAGGGUGUGGAUAAUAAGAUGGGACAAUGCACAAGUUCUACAAAUCCUACUUCAAGUCAAGAAAAAGAGAUGAAAAUAAAAAUGGAGCCAGCAGAGGAGGUGAAUGGAGACUUGGAUAAUUUGGAUGCAAUUCUAGGUGAUCUUACUAGUUCAGAGUUCUACAAUAGUGCUAUGUCUGCAAAUGGUAAUAACCCUGGAACAAAGCAAGCAUUAUUUCAAGGAAAUGCCCUGUUGGGUGUGAAGAGUCCCCAGUCUGUGCAGACUACCCGCCCACCUUUUAACAGAGCCUUGUCUUUAGACAGCCCUAUGGGCUCAGGUGCUUCAGUGAGGAAUGUCAAUGCGUUCUCCAUGUUACAAAAGCAAAACUUGAUCAGUGGAAGUCCAAGGAUGGUUGAAAAUCAAGAAAAUUUUGGAGCAAAUCUGGCAAGUGCUCCCAGCAGAAAUCUGGUGAUGAAUCAGCAUCAGUCAGGAGACUGGGGUUUGCCAAAUUCCAAAGUGAAUUGCAGAUUGGAAUCUGCAAGUUCUGCUUCAGUGUUGAGACCGGGACCUGAAUUUAGUGCAGCUCUUCCGAGGACCCCAGAGGGUGGCUCUGUGUCUGGGCUGCCUGUUUGCUCUAACAGCAUGCCUGGUGCUAGGCCAAUGCUGCAACAGCAAAUGAUUCACAUGAGGCCAAAUGAGAUAAAUGUUGACAUGGGAGGAAAUCCGUAUGGACAGCCUGGACCUUCUAACCAACCUGGAUUGUGGCCUGACAAUAUGAUGUCCAUGGAGCAAGCAUCACGGGGUUCACAAAACAGACAAUUAGUUAGAAGCUCUUUGGAUGAUCUUUUAUGUUCGGCACCAAACAUGGAAGGCCAGAAUGAUGAAAGGGCACUUCUGGAUCAGCUGCACACGUUACUGAGUAAUACAGAUGUCACAGGUCUGGAAGAAAUUGACAGAGCAUUAGGAAUUCCUGAUCUUGUAAACCAAGGACAAGCUUUGGAACCCAAACAAGAUUCAUUUCAAGGUCAGGAAUCUUCAGUUAUGAUUGACCAGAAGCCUUUGUUAUAUGGUCAACCCUAUGGGCAAGGGGUAGCAAUGCCAGGAGGUUUUAGUAACAUCCAGGGACAACAGCCGUCUUUUAAUUCAGUGAUGAAUCAGAUGAGCCAAUCGAGCAAUUUUCCUCUGCAAAGUUUGCAUCCCCGAGCAAACGUGAUGAGACCUCGCACCAACACACCAAAGCAGCUGCGCAUGCAGCUCCAGCAGAGGCUCCAGGGACAGCAGUUUAUGAAUCAGACCCAUCAAACGCUUGAAAUAAAAAUGGAAAAUCCAGUAAGCGGUACUAACUCAGUGAUGAGACCAGUUAUGCAGCCACAGGUGGGAUCCCAGCAGCAAGGUUUUCUUAAUGCUCAAAUGGUGGCUCAGCGUAACAGGGAACUGAUAAGUCACCAUUUUAGACAACAGAGGAUGGCAAUGAUGAUGCAGCAGCAACAGCAACCUCAGGCCUUCAGUCCACCACCAAAUGUGACAGCCUCAGGAAGCAUGGAUAGUGCUUUGACAGGCCCUCCAAUGGCUCAAGUUCCUUCACAGCAAUUCCCCUAUCCACCUAAUUAUGGAAUAAGCCAACAACCUGAAUCUGCAUUUAGUAGAGUAUCAAGCCCUCCCAAUCCAAUGAUAUCAUCAAGAAUUGGACCCUCACAGAACCCUAUGCUGCAGCAUCCUCAGUCAGCAACAAUGUACCAGUCCUCAGAGAUGAAGGGCUGGCCCUCAGGAAGCAUGCCCAGAAACAGUUCUUUUCCCCAGCAGCAGUUCAGCCAUCAAGGUAACCCAGCAGCGUACAGUAUGAUGCACAUGAAUGGCAGCAGUGGCCAUAUUGGACAGAUGAGUAUUAAUACCAUGCCUAUGUCAGGACUGCCUAUGGGUCCAGACCAGAGCAAGAGGUCGACUGCCCAAUUAAACUCCUGACUGGCAGACAGUGGAGUGCCUGUGCAGCAGCCCAACUUCCCCCAAAUGCAUGCACAGCAGCACAGAAAGCAGGUAACCACUGAACAAACCAGAUCCUGAUCUCUCCUGUGAGGACAUA